GAAAAGAUGUGCUUGUGCAACACAAAAGGGUCGUCUGGAUUUUCAUCCUCUUCCACCGCGGAUGAAGUCACUGAGGGCAUUGACGCCUCUGGUCUCACUGCCAUUGUCACUGGUGCAUCAAGUGGUAUUGGUACUGAAACGGCCCGUGUUCUUGCACUGCGUGGAGUCCAUGUCACAAUUGCAGUCAGAAACAUGGCUGCAGGCCAAAAGGUUAGAGAAGCCAUUGUGAAGGAAAUCCCUGAAGCCAAGAUCGAUGUCAUGGAGUUGGAUCUUAGUUCAAUGGCAUCUGUAAGAAGAUUUGCAGCAGAGUUUAAUUCGUUGGGUCAUCCCUUGAAUAUCCUAAUUAAUAAUGCAGGAAUCAUGGGUACCCCUUUCAAGCUAUCCCAGGACAACAUAGAAUUACAGUUUGCCACGAAUCAUUUAGGUCAUUUUCUUUUAACGAACCUGUUGCUGGACACCAUGAAGAAAACGUAUUACAAAAGUAAGAAAGAGGGGAGGAUAGUAAACGUUUCAUCAGAUGCUCACCGCUACACAUAUCGUGAAGGUAUUCGUUUCGAUAGGAUCAGUGAUGAAAAAGGAUACAGUAGCUUCUUUGCUUAUUGUCAAUCAAAGCUGGCUAAUCUACUGCACUCCUAUGAGCUAGCCAGACGCUUUAAGGAAGAAGGGGUGGAAAUAACCGCCAACUCUGUUCAUCCAGGAGUGAUUAUCAGCAAUGUUUUCCAUCAUGAUAAUGCCAUUUCAGGGCAAGAGCCUUCCGACCAAUUAAUAUUUCUUCGUUUUUUUUUCCCGGCACCCCUUUUAACUUGGACGUUCCAGGGAGCUUCGACAACCUGCUAUGCAGCAUUGCAUCCGCAAGUCAAGGGAAUUAGCGGAGCAUAUUUUCGGAACAACAACAUAGCCAAAGCUAGCUCAAAGGCCAUGGACGCAGAUUUGGCUAGCAGACUCUGGGAGUUUAGCUUGAACCUGGUAAAGCAAAAUGGAGAUGAUUCCUGAAAAACCAGUUCUACAACAAUGGACGUAUAUAUUGCUGAUAAAUUCGACCAUGGUAUAAUAAUAAAGUGGGAAGAAAAUAAGUUCUGUUUAAUAAUUGUUUGCGUAGAAAAGUCUACUUUCUUUUUUAAAAAGAUGUUUAGAAAAAUUAUGAGGACACUGCGAGUUGUGCACAUAUUAGUACAAGG